GGGGGUUUGCAUGUGAGUGACUCUGAGAUCCUGCUUGUGAUAAUAUCUUAAUGAUUUGCUUGCACAGAUUGUUUAAGCCUGAGGGAUUGUUUAUUUAAGGCAUUAGAAUCAGCUGGUCAUGGACGGUUUUCCUGCUGGCGGGGGCUGGGGGCCCCAUAGUACAGUAACAAGGCUGCAGAAGAAUAGCUGGGUUUCAUAUCUCAGAGCUGUUCACUUGUUUUUGAAUGUAUGUAAGAUUUUAUUUAAAAAGAAACACGUAAAUUGGAGUAUUUUCCUUGAAUCCUCUCAAAGAGAUACAAUGUGAUAUUUUAUCACUGUCACCCAGCCCUAAUGUAUAUUAGCUACAUAUUGUGAAGGAUAACUGCAAAAUAGCUUUAAUAGAACACUGCUUAAAAUCAUGCAUGGGAAAACCAACCCAAUGUCAGCUAGGCUGGGAAUGUAAUAAGAGGCCAAACCUAAAAGCUGCACAGAAAUUGAUUUGUUCUUGGUCUGUUUGUGUUGUUACUAAAUAUUUGUGUGAGAACAAGCUGAGCUGAAGUUGCACUGGCUGGUUCCUGAGCUUUGAACAAUAUCUAACUGAUACACGUGUUACAUUUCAGAGCAUAAAUACUGCGGCUGUUUGUCGUGUUACACUGUCUCGCCUUCAUUGGUGCUCUGGGUGUCUUUAUGUCUAAAAUAGCUUUAAUGAACGCACUGUUGCUCCAUGUGUGCAGUUUCUGUGUAGAAUGCAAGGAAUGCAAACGCUUCCCGCUGAUGUCAUGGGAAAUGCACGUUUCGUUGAAAACAAAACAGUAACUUUAUUUUGUGGUUUGCACGGGGACAUAGCAGUCCCUUUGUUUUCACAUAUUCCAUUUUGUGUGCUUAUAAGACACACAAAGCUGAGUGCAAAGCAUGGGGGUCAUUUGGGGUUGAGGGCCUUGCUGAAGGAGCCAACAGUGGUAUGGACACUAUGCAAACCAUAGGAUUUGAACUGGUGACUUUCUCACUGCAGAAGUCUUAGAUAGAAGGUAAAAGUGUGCCUGAUAGGUAUAUAUUUACAAUCUACAUAAAAACAUUUGACUUGCAAGAGGAGUUUUGCUGCACUGGUGUGAAAAUCUGGUCAUGCAGUAGCUCAGAAUGAGGAAAUGAUCAAAUGCUUACGUUCACUGCUCGGGGGGUUCAGAUCAUUGGCGAGGAGAGGAAGGUAAGCGCUGAAGAUCCAUGGCAGGCAGAAUGAGGGCAGUUUGUGGCUGGAAGAGUUUCGGAUGCACGUCAAAUGUAGCCCAGUUUCAUGGCACCAUGCGUCAUGUUCACAGUCACCGUAGAGAUGAUUUUGAGGAAUAUCUAAAGUAGAUUCUUAAACGGAAAGUCUUAUCGUGUCUGCUGGUGUGUGUCACUAACCCCCCCCCCCAGUUCAGAUUUUUUAUUUAUACUCCUUGCAACCUUCUGGGUUGUGGAGGUGUUCAUCGUACUCUUAUCUUUCCCAGAUCAUAAGCUGUGUUUAUACCUGAAUUGGUUGCUUAUUUUGAGAUAGGCCUGCCGGUGCUUUACGGUGGGACCUCAAACAAUUAGGCUGAUUCAUACAUUUUCUAGCGUUCAUUGAACGUUUAAAACCUUUUAACCUUUUACUCCUGUUAUCAUAUCAGACAGUCCUCCCAUUUCAAUGAUAUUUUAAUAUCGUGCAGUCAGUUAAGUAGAAUUGUAUUUUAUUCACUCCUCUAAGUAGAAGUGGCUUUAUGUUUGCAAUUAUAUUUGUUCCUGAACAAAUUGGGGUGGUAUGGUGGUGCAGUGGUUAGCACUGUUGCCUCACACCUCUGGGACCCGGUUUCGAAUCUCCGCCUGGGUCACAUGUGUGUGGAGUUUGCAUGUUCUCCCCAUGUCGUCGUGGGGUUUCCUCCAGGUACUCCGGUUUCCCCCCACAGUCCAAAAACAUGCUGAGGCUGAUUGGAGUUGCUAAAUUGCCCGUAGGAAUGCAUGUGAGAAUGAAUGGUGUGUGAGUGUGCCCUGCGAUGGGCUGGCCCCCCAUCCUGGGUUGUUCCCUGCCUCGUGUCCAUUGCUUCUGGGAUAGGCUCCGGACCCCCGUGACCCAGUAGGAUAAGCGGUUUGGAAGAUGGAUGGAUGGAUGGAUGGAUGGAUAUAUUUUAUAAAUGGCCAAUUAAUGAGUUGCAAAGGCAAUAAUCAGAGCUCUGGUCCCAGUCACAGCUGCUUGUCCCACUGACGAUGCCCAUUUUUGGGUAAUGAAGUGCCUCUAGACCAGGGCUCUCCAGGACCGGAGUUGUAGACCCCUGCUUUAGACGCUCCUCCUGGUUAUCUUAGCAUCUUGGGCUCAGCCUGCUCUCUUAGGUGAGAAAACUCUAUAGGAAGUGAAUAAGCCUGUAUUUCCUGUGCUGGAUUAUGGCCAAGAAUAACAGGAUGUGUAAUUUCGCAGGCAGUCUGAUCUAGUGCCUAAUAUAAGUGCUGUUGCAAAUCUGUCACACUCUUGUCUCUGCCCGUAAGUACAUUUCCAGAGCUUCUGUAAACAUGGGGCUUCAGUCCAGGCCAUUUUUGUGGUUUUUCUACAAACGCUGUGUGAUUGAAGUCAAAUGCACCCCAGACAUUCUGUACGGGAUUUGAUUAGACGUCGUCCUUCUGGCAAAAUCGUCAUCACUUAGUGACUUUCACUUAUGUGAUACAUAAGUGCUGCUCUCUCUCCCGUGAGGCUUCAGUUAGAUACUGGCACUGUGUCCCUGCAGUUUUUCAAGUACAGAUAAUCUGUCUCUGUUGUCACGUUAAACCCGGUUUGUUUUGCCUGGCUCUGGAUCAGCAGUAUUUUCGAUGACAGAUUUGAAGAGUCUUCUUCGGAAGCGUUUGGCUUGUCUGGAGUUUGGCUCGUGCCCACAGUAGCUCUCACGCACGCGCUGCACGCUGACCAAUCGCAGGCUGUGCAUCUGGUCUCCUGUGUGCACUGGGCCUUUGCACGAACACGGGGCUGGGCUGUGAACCUGAUGCCAGCUGAUGCGGAGGCCGGGUGUGUGAUGUGAUGAAUCGUUGUAUCGGUCGCUUGAAUCGGACCUCGGUUCCUUACGUGUGGCCCACCCUUACGUUGUGUGAAUGUCUGUGCGCUCCAGUGGUCCUCGGAUCCUCGGACGCCAGCGGCCCCAGUCUCCAGGGGGAGGAGCUUCUGGAAGUGGAGCUCCUGCUGAAGGUGCUAAAUGGCUUCCUGCUGGUGGUUACUGCUGGUGGGAUGAUCUUCUACGUCUCUCCUGGCAUAAAGGACUACCUCGGCUUCCAUCAGUCUGACGUCAUCCACCAGAGUGCCUACGAGCUCAUCCACACAGAGGACCGCUUCGAGUUCCGGAAGCAGCUCCACUGGGCGUUCAAGCCGCCCCCCAGCCCUGAAGGCAGCCCAGAGGACUCCUCGGGCAUCAGCCCAGGGUUACCGUUAACCGGCUGCAAUCCCGAAAACCUUCCUCCUGAGAACUCCGCCUUCCUCAAGAGGAAUUUCGUGUGCAGGUUGAGAUCUUUUCUGGACAACUCAUCUGGAUUUCUGGCCAUGAAUGUUCAAGGUCACCUAAAGUUCCUGCACGGGCAGAAGCGGAGAUCCCCGGAUGGCUCCUUUGUGCCGCCUCAGCUGGCCCUCUUUGCCUUGGUCACGCCCCUCCAGCCACCCUCCAUUGUGGAGAUCCGCACGAGGAACUUCCUCUUCAGGACCAAACACAAGCUGGACUUCACCCCCACGGCCUGUGAUGCCAGAGGGAAGGUUGUUCUGGGCUACACAGAGGCCGAGCUUUGUGACCGAGGGACAGGUUACCAGUUCAUCCACGCGGCAGACAUGCUGUACUGCGCCGAGAAUCACAUUCGCAUGAUGAAGACCGGAGACAGCGGGAUGACCGUCUUCAGGCUGCUCAACAAACAGAGCCGAUGGUUGUGGAUCCAGGCCAAUGCCCAGCUGAUCUACAAGAACGGCAAACCCGACUACAUCAUCGCUUCUCAGAAGGUCCUCACGGAUGAAGAGGGGGAGGACAACCUUAGAAAACGCAAUCUCAGGCUGCCUUUUCACUUUGCCACAGGAGAGGCGCUCCUGUAUGACACCGGCUCCCAUAAGUCCCUCAGUGAUGCUGCCCUGGGAGGUGGAGUCUCCUCAGGGGAGGGGUCACUGGACCCCAACUCCCUCCUGGGUGCCAUGCUGAAGCAGGAUCACUCCAUCUAUGUCUGCGUUCCAGGGCAAGACCAGGGCUCCCUCCCCAACACCGCUGGGGAUGUGGGCUCCGUAUUUCACAGUGACUGGAACCACAACCAUUUGAUAAUUCCGGAAAGUAUCGUCGCGGAGCUGGAUAGCCGAUCAGAAGAAGAUAAAAACGCCGACCUGUGGACUUUGAUGAGCAGCCUGGGCAUGUGCAGCGAGGACCUCGGGCUCUUCCAGCGCGAUGAGGCCUUAUUCAAGAAGGACACGACUGGAAACGGCGAUGUAGCCGAUGUAGCCGAUGAGAUUCUGGCGUACGUAGGGGAAUCCCUCACGAUCCAGUCCGGCUGUGUGCUCGCCGGCGAUUCUGGGACGGCAGCCCGAAUAACACAGUGCCAGAAAGCUCACAGUCCUCCGUGCCAGAGCCGCCACCAACAGGCCCCGGAUCCGCAGCGGUGUUCACCAGCACCCGCCUGGCCGGACGCGUCCCUGGAUGCAUGGACACAAGGAAGGGCGGCGGAGCAGCAGAACUCGUGUAAACAUCCGCGACUGUUACCGCCUCGGGAUGAUCUCCUGGCCGACUGUCCAAAUCUGCAGCAGCUACAUCACAGGUUGACCCACAUGCAGGUCAGCGGGGACCUGCCCUCUUCUGUUGCCAUGGACGCUAUGAACGGACAUCCUUCCUCAUUCAAGUUGGAUCAUCCCGACCUGCAGAUGCUGUCCCCUCCAUUAUAUGAAUGCUUCAUUGGGGAGGGGGCACCCCCAGGGCUCCACGGCUGGGAUGGGCUGGGCUCGGACCCCGAUGGCCACCUUCAGGGCCUAAUUUCAGCCCGGCUUCCCAAAUCCCCUGUGGUUCCGGAGGACCACUUCCCUGCACUAGACCUGGAGGAGCUGUUGGGAAUCCCAGAGCUUGGAGGUGUUGGGGGCAAAGCCGGCGUCACUGACGACGACCCACCCGUGUCUCAGUGUGUGUCUGUGGCUGACCUGCCUGGCUUGGAGGAGAGAGCCGUGCCCCCAUGGGCCCACUCACAGGCCCACUCACAGGCCCACUCACAGAGUGGCAACGGUGACAUGGACGUGUUUUACCAGGACUCCUGCAUGCUGUCCUCCUUCCAACAGCAGGGGGAGCCACUGCAGCAGCUUCCCUGCAUGAGCGCCCUGUACCCUGACCUCUUCCUGGGGGCCUUUGCAAGGUCCUCACGCCCAUGGCUCGGCUGAGUGUCCGCCGGUGGGGAUUCCGGAAUGGGGGGGGGGACUUCUUAGCAGUGGUCUCAAGGGACAACAAUGCACAAUGUCGGAGAUGGGAGGCUGGGGUAUAAAUGUUCCCCUCGAUGUGAUGAAAACCUGUUAUUUUGACGUUACGGGGAACAUUUUCAGGUCCCCACAAACACCUGUGAAUGCAAUCGAAAAACUAAAAAUGGCAAAAGUCUUUUGUUUGGUUACUUAUGGUUAAGGUCGUCAUGUUGGGAUUAGAAUAUUUCCCAUAGACAUGAAUGGAGAGUCCCCACAAAGAUAUAAUUGCAAACCUCUGUGUGUGUGUGUGUGUGGAUUAGGUUUUUAUUACAUUGUGGGGACCAAUUGUCCCCCACCGUGUGAUAAAAACGUGUUAUUUUGAUGUUGUUGGGACCAUUUUUCAACAAAGCAAAACCAACAGUAUGUUAAAUUUCGGUGAAGAAAAACAAACUUUUGUAGUAAUUUCUAUAAAAAUGUUUGUUAUACAGGUUUCAAUUUUAAGGUUUUUUUUUAAAAAAGAUUUUUAUACUUGUUACAACCAUUUGUAUGGAGUAUUACCUGAAGUUGUACAGUUUGGGGGGAGGUGGGGGUCAUGGAGCUGCAGUGUUUCACGGGGGGGCUGCAAGUGGGCAGUAUUGUUCACAUCGGGUUAGAUCAACCCACAAAGGUUAGGACGUGGAAUACGCACAUUUUGUAAGGAAAUACGCAGAACAUUAAAUGAUAGUGAGCCUACGCUGAUUCAGAUGAACGAGGUGGCUGGGCAGGUCCAUGAGAAUAAAUGCCAGAAUUUACAGGGAUGGUUUGCUGUCGGCCUCCAUGUUUACGCACGUUUCUCCUGCCGUAGGAUUUAUUCAGGAAGAACGUGUACCACUCACAGGAGACUAUGCGUGAAAUUUGCGCAAUUAACAGUUUGGUUUACUUUAUAAAACAUUUUUCUGGCAUUUAGUAAUAUAUUUUGCAAUGUCCAAUAAGUGUUUCAUGUUUGUCGUUAAUUUAAAAGUAAAUUUGUUAAGGAGUCCAACUGGUACAUGUUGUAUGUGAUAUUAUUUUCCUCUUCGUCUUUGGGUCGGCCAUUACCUUUGAUACUUUAAGCUCAGCUGAUUUUCGUUUAUACCGACUCAUUGAGACAGACACUGUGCUCAGUUUGCUUAAACUACGUAAUAAAAUAAAGCACAUUUAAAAACACCCCAUUAAUAAUAAUUAGGUUCAGGUUUGGGUAAAUCGUUCUGUAUAGUCAUCUGCUUACAUGCCUGAUCCGUACACUCGGCAGUUCCUGUUUUUACUAAGCAAAGUGCAGACUCGCAGCUGCCCCCUAAUGGCUGUGAAGUGAAACACAUCAUUUUUUCUGCUCGGCCCUGACUUUCCUUAUCCUGCAUAUCCAGCCCAUUAAAAAGAUACCUAUAACCCA